UCCAGAGGAUAAAUGAGAUCACGUAAACAGCGACUGCUCAGCUGAAGCUGUGGCCUUCUGUGACUUUGAGUACAAAUUUGAGGCGAGAUGAAGGAACAAAGGAGUUCUAGAAUAGCUCUCAGCCCGGGAAUCCAGAAUGCCUGAAGACUUCAGCAGAGCCCUGGUCCCUCCUCCACAAUGUGGCUUCUCCUCACCUUCUCCUUCCUGCUAAUGUCUGCAGCCUCGCAGGACGGCAGGGACAAGAUACCGAGAGGUGAGGCGUGUGCACCCCACUCCCAGCCGUGGCAAGUGGCCCUCUUCGAGCGUGGACGUUUUAACUGUGGUGCUUCCCUCAUCUCCCCACGCUGGGUGCUGUCUGCAGCCCACUGCCAAACCCGCUCCAUGCGAGUGCGGCUGGGCGAGCACAAUCUGCGCAAGCGCGAGGGCCCAGAGCAACUGCGGGCUGUUUCGCGCGUCAUCCCACAUCCGGGUUACGUAGCGCGCGGCCGAUUCCAUGACGUAAUGUUGCUGCGACUGAGCCGGCCCGCGCUCCUCUCCCCGGAAGUGCGCCCCGUGGCGCUCCCCACGCGCUGCCCCCAACCCGGCGAGGUCUGCGUGGUGUCCGGCUGGGGCCUGGUGUCUGGCAGCGAGUCGAGGACCACGGGGAGCCGAGAGUCACAAGGAAUUAGAGCCCAUUGUCCACUUCAGGCCGGUUGAGACCACCAACCCAUCAACUGAGCCCGAGCAGGUGUCUGAUAAGCGACCUUUUGAUGUCA